AUCGACGACUAUGAUUCAUAUUUUUUUGAAUUUUCUCUAUAAUUUUUUCACGUAUAUCUUCUUCUUUUUUUAGAACUGUUACUGGGUUCGAAAGCAGCUCUAAUGUGGCAGGUGAGACGAGGGACAAUCCAGAUCUGAAAUCGAUUGGGCCUAGCCCUACUGCAGAGAUGGGUUUGAGAAUAAGACCGUCCGGUAAAAUCACGAGAUGAGAUUCGGGCCAUAUUCAUGCUUAACUUUUAAGCCAACUCUCCCUUACACAAAACAACAAGAAUUAAAUACGCUCAUAGAGGCAAUGAAUUGAAGCCCUCGAAACUAGCGGCCCUUGGAUCUCUGUUUGCUGGAAGAAAAGAUUUUUUUUCCCCCUCACUCAAUUCUCUUCCCAACAACUCCAGAGGUAAUCUCCGUCUCUGUUAUAUGUUCAUCUCUUCGUUUUUUUUUUUUUAAAUUUUUUUCCUCCGUUUCAAAUCUCUCCCACGAUAUUCCUUACCCAAUUAUUUUUCCCCUCAAAGCUAGAUCUUCGUAAUUGCUCUUAAUCUGGUAAUUUUAAAUUUUCGUGUUAGAAAGUCAAACAUCUGAAUUGCAAUGCUCUGAUACCGUGCAUUUCCUAAUGUAUAUAUCAAUUGAUGGCUGAUUCCUGAGCAUUUAUGUUUAUUCUAAAAAAAAAAAAUCAUUGGAUUUGAUGUUUUGGACCAUUUGAUUGGGUCGAUCUGUUGAUUUUCUGGAUUCUAGGAUUCGAAUUGUUUGAAAUGACCUGUCGGAUGUUCCUACGUUGCGUAGGAUAGAUCCGUUCAAUUGCUGUCCUGUUAUAAAAGGAAACGCGGUUUGAUUUGAUACUGUUUCCGACUAGGAGCUUUGCAUGACUGAAUUUUGUUAUAUUGUUGCUUGAUGAUUUAUUAUUUUUGAAUUUACACCCCUGCUUCGUGAUUAUAGCAAAUACGUAUGAUCUGAUCAAUUAUUGGUUAUUUGUUUAAAUCGAUUAUUGGUUCCUUUUCCAUUUCUUUUUUCUUUGCUGCUGGAGGUACAUCUAAUUCAAGAAUAAGAGAAGUUAGUCUGUUAUUGAUUUUGUUGGAUUUAUAAUCUGUAUGCUGAUUAGUUACUUAUGAUGUUGUGUGCAUUUGGCAGCGUUGAGUGAUCCAAGCAGAGAUGGGGCUAACGUUCACUAAGCUGUUCAGUAGACUCUUUGCAAAGAAAGAGAUGAGGAUUCUGAUGGUAGGUCUUGAUGCUGCUGGUAAGACUACCAUCUUGUACAAGCUCAAGCUGGGAGAAAUUGUCACAACCAUUCCAACAAUUGGUUUUAAUGUGGAGACUGUGGAAUACAAGAAUAUCAGCUUCACUGUCUGGGAUGUCGGGGGUCAAGACAAGAUUCGUCCAUUGUGGAGGCACUACUUCCAAAAUACUCAGGGUCUUAUAUUUGUGGUGGACAGCAAUGACAGGGACCGAGUUGUUGAAGCUAGAGAUGAGCUGCACAGGAUGUUGAACGAGGAUGAAUUGCGAGAUGCUGUUUUGCUCGUUUUUGCAAACAAACAAGAUCUGCCUAAUGCAAUGAAUGCAGCAGAAAUUACCGACAAGCUCGGUCUUCAUUCUCUCCGACAGCGCCAUUGGUACAUCCAGAGCACGUGUGCUACUUCUGGUGAAGGGCUUUAUGAAGGGUUGGAUUGGCUUUCCAGCAACAUUGCUAGCAAGGCAUGAAUCGAGAAAGUCACUUGUGGUCUGCUGGUGGCUUUUUUGUGGAUGUAUGGGAAAUACAACUCUUGUGUGUGUGUUACGUGAGAGAUUGACAAAUGUUUAGGGAUAUACAUUGCGCUUUUUCCCUGUCUUUUUCCAUCGUUACAAUGUAGCUGAAGUUGCCUAAAGAAGCUCUUUUUUGCUUGAAUACUUGUUUCUUUGGAUUUUCAUUUAACUGUAAGUGUUAGAUGCUUUGUUAUCAACUGAUGAUAUUAAAUGAAAACAUCUUCUGAUUUAUGUCUUUUCAAUUGAAAAUGACAGUGCCAAUCAUUUCCCAUUUAGGUGAUUAUUCAUCUACUUGUCUUGAAUGAUCUUGAAUGUGAUACUCGAUUCUCCAUACAUGAUUUCUCC